AUGGCUACCUGCACCAACACUAUUAUUGAUAACCAGCAGAGUUCUCCAACCUUUGCUUUACCAGAUCAAAACAAACUGGAACCAUUCUGCUCGUUCUGCCUGCUGGAACGUCCUCAGAACGUCGAGUUCUACAAGCACGUCAUCGGCGCAUCCCAGGAAAUGCGCAACUCGCUGCAAUCUAUGCUGGGAUACGACUUCAACCUGGCGAACUUUGCCAUCUGCAAGCCCUGCUGGAAGGUGAUCCAGCUCAUCCAGGACUUUCGGCUGCGAUGCUUCAAGGCGAACGAGGUCGUGCAGCGGAUGUCCAAGGGGUUGAGCAACGACGUCGACGACGGAUGGUUCUCGGCGAAGAAUCUGGCGACGAUCGAGACCGUUAGGAUGGGCGUUCAGGAUCAGAUGCGCCAUAUCGAGACGAUCAACACUACGAAGCGGGUGCUUGUACUGGACGAUUCUGCUGACGAAGUUGCAGUAGGGGAGAACAACAAUCAAGGUGACGAGGUGGAUUCAUCCGAUGCAAGAAGUGAGAAUUCGGAAACACAAGAACCAUCGAUUGAACAAGAAGUUGCAGCUACCAUCGAGAUGGACGAAGCUCGCUCGGCUCAGCACGAGUGUUUGCAAUGUCACAGGAUGUUCAAGUCCAAAAAAGGACUCAACCGUCAUGGUCCCUUUUGUGUUCAUCACAUGGGAAUUGCAUCUUCCGACUGUUCGCCGAAGCAUUUGCAAAGGCAUUUAAAAAAGCACGGAGUCAUUGCCACCUUCCAGUGUACCCAGAACUGCGACAAACUCUUCUUCAGUGAACCGAGACGAGCACAUCACGAGAGGAUCUGCGCGGAAAACGCCCGCAACCUUGCCUGCCUGACGUGUGGCAAGCGCUUCAAGACGAGAACUGAGCUGCGAACGCACGAGCGGUGCCAGCAUUCGGAAAAUGCACGAAUUUUCCCGUGCAAAGUGUGCGGCAAGAUGUUCAAGCAGCAGUACGCGGUGACUUUGCACAUGUCAAGUCACGCAACAUCGGAACCAUUUGUGUGCCAGUUAUGUCCCAUGAAGUACUGGUGCAAGCAGUCUCUUACCAAUCAUCUUAAGAAAAUGCAUGCCGAUCAGGCUGCGGCGACAGUUGUGAAUGAACCUUAA